CUUUCUCUUUCUCUCCCCCCUUUCCCCUUCCUCCUCUCUUUGCCUCCAAAACCGCCGUGGCGCCGCCGCCGCCACCGGCUUCUUUUUCUGCUUUAACAUCACCAUUUAAACCAUUUCACCUUCACAAUUAGACUUUAUCCAUUAAAACUCAGAAUCAAAAUCUCUUUUAAUUCGUCUAACGAAUGUGGUUGCCGAGAAACGUAAAAAGUACUGUAGCCGACGGAUCUAAACGGAAACAUCACUACGCCGAUGUCUGUUUGAACUAUGCAACUUUAAGCAAUAGAGGUGACGGCGGGUGUUAAAAUAAAGAGGUGACGGACCCUAACAGAAACAAAGGUACGUGAACUUUCAGCAACGGGAUGACUACAACGUUGUGGUGGCCGACAUUAACCGAAGAGUCCCACGUGGAAAACAACUUUGCAGAGAGGUCGAUUUAGAAAUUGUGAUAGAAGAGCUGGUGAAUGGGAAUAUAUUGAAGCCAAUGAAAUUAGGAUCAUAUGGAUCUCGAUUUACGGGUGAAAAAGCCUUCAGGAAGAGACUGGAAGAAAUUUUUGAAAGCUUCUUGUCUGCUGCAUUAACAGAACUUGAGGCGAAAACAGAAGGUGAAAAAAUAAAACAAUUGUGAGUACUCAUUACACUAUCGUUGGAGAAGCCCAUUUCGACGAAAUACAGGGACACUCAAUCGGAGAUUACAAAUUAAGGGUUUCAGAAGACGAUAGCGGGAGGUUCUGCUAGGAAGCAGAUGUGAUUUUCUUUUUUCUUUUAUUUACUCAAAAGCUUUUUUUUAAAUUAUUUUUCACGAAAAAUCAACUUGGCUUUAUUCUAUUUGUUUUGUCCAUAUCAUCGCGUGUAUAGUUCACGCGUUCAGUUUUUUUUAGUAACUGAUAUUGCAGUGUUCAAUAGGAACACUUUAACCGUACAAUAGGUGUUCAAUAGGAAACAUCUGUAGUUAAAGUGUCUAGGUGAAAAUUCAAGAGAACUUGAGGUGCCUGAGUAUGUAUUUGGCCAUAUUCUUUGGUCUCCCUCAUCCUCAUAAAACCAUAGAAGCACUACCCUUUCUCACCCUUGACUGCUGCCCCAUAUCCAUUUCUCUUCCUCCUUAGAAAAUGGAACAAGUUCAACUCAUCUCUACCUGUCUAGUUGGAGCAGCAACUUCCAAGUUGUCAAGCUCAAACAAUAAUGGCAACAACACAACCAUUUCCCAGAUUGAAAUGACACCAUUGGACUUGCAAUUCCUUCUUGUUGACACUAUCCAAAAAGGUCUCCUCUUCAAAAAACCAACUCCUCAACAAGAAAACACUCUGUUCAAAUCAUUCUCCUCUCUUUCCUUAAUUGAUCACUUGAAAACAUCUCUUUCUCGCACCUUAGACUUCUUUCCUCCUCUAGCUGGCCGUUUUUCCACUACUAAAAAUGCUCAUGAUGAUACAAUUUCUUUCUUCAUCACUUGUAAUAACGCUGGAGUUGAAUUUACUCACGCUAUUGCUCCAGAAUUAACCGUGGAAGAAAUUCUUGAAUCUUGUUAUGUGCCACCUAAUGUUCAUUCCCUUUUCCCACUUAAUAAAAUGCGUAACAUCGAAUGUGUUACAAAGCCUUUACUAGGAGUUCAAGUAACAGAACUUGUUGAUGGUUAUUUUAUUGGUUGCACUAUGAGUCAUAGUGUAGGAGAUGGCACUUGCUUUUGGAAUUUCUUCAAUUCUUGGUCUGAAAUAUCCAAUGGAUCUGAGUUUAUUAGUAGAUCUCCAGUUUUAAAAAGGUGGUUUCCUCAGAAUAUAAAGCCUCCAAUUCAUCUCCCUUUGAAGCUAGAAGAUCAAGAAUUAUAUGAAUGUAUGGAGUUUCCACCAUUGAAGGAAAGGACUUUCCAUCUCAGUAAAGAAAACAUAGGGAAAUUGAAAGCAAAAGCUAACUCUGAAAUGGGUACUAAAUCUAUCUCUUCUCUUCAAGCCUUUUUGGCUCAUUUUUGGAGAUCUGUUACUCGUUGUCGUCAGCUUGAUUCCAAGGAAGAAGAAGUCACUAUCAACAUUGUCGUAGGCACAAGACGGAGGCUAAAUCCUCCUUUGGCAGAAGGGUAUUGGGGAAAUGCAGCUUAUUUCAAGCCCGUAAAAACAACAGCAGGGGAACUGUUAGAGAAAGGACUUGGCUGGGCAGCAUUGCAAAUUAACAAAAUAGUUGCUUCUCAGAACAAUGAUGAAGUGGUGAAACUAUAUAAGGAGUGGGUGGAAAAGCCUGUAUUACUUACAAAGGGUUCAUUGUUUGUGGCCAAUAGAUUGGGAAUUAGUAGUUCUCCAAAGUUUAGUGUUUAUAGUACUGAUUUUGGUUGGGGGAAACCAGUAGCAGUGAGGAGUGGGAUGGCAAAUAAAGGUGAUGGAAAAGUAACAUUAUUUCCUGGGGCAGAAGAAGGAAGUGUAGAUAUUGAAGUUUGUCUUUUACCUAAGACUUUGCUAGCAAUGGAGAAUGAUGAAGAGUUCAUGGAAGUUGUUACUGUUUAGAGAAAGAAGAUAUACCAAAUCACCCUCCUUUGAGAACUAUGAUCUUUUUUCGGUUAUGUAAUAUUUAGUUCAAUCAAACAAUAAAGGGUUCUUUGGCUGCUUUUAAUGUGAAAUUGCUACUGUGAUUUGGGUUUAUAUGCAUUACUAGUUUCUUGGA